AUGACAGUCUCUCACCCCCAACCACCACUCUCCUUCCGCCCCGCCACCCCCGCCGACAUCCCGCUCCUCCUCCCGCUCAUCCGCUCCGCCUACCGCGGGCUCUCCUCGCGCAAGGGCUGGACGACGGAGGCGGACCUCGUCGCGGACCAGCGCAUCGACGAGGCGGGGCUGCUGGGCAAGAUCGCCCACCCGGACGGGGUGGUGCUGCUGGUCACGGACGGGGACGCGGGCGCGCCGCUCUCGUGCUGCGAGGUGCUCCGCAAACCGGACGGGAAGACGGCGUAUUUUGGGCUGUUUGCGGUUGAUCCGGAGAGGCAGGCCGGCGGGGUCGGACGGAGGGUGUUGGGGUAUGCGGAGGAGUUUGCGCGGCGGGAGUGGGGGGUGGGGAGGAUUGAGAUGUGGGUUAUUUGGGUUAGGGAGGAGCUGAUUUCGUGGUAUGAGAGGAGGGGGUACAGGAGGACGGGGGAGAGGAGGGAGUUUCCGUAUAAGGAGCUGGUGGGGGGCGAGGCGUUGAGGGAUGAUUUGUAUUUUGUGGUGUUGGAGAAGGAGUUGUGA